GCGGCGCUAGGACCGCUUGAGCAAGCACGCUCGCUACGUGUAGUCGUGCACUGGGAAUUGCAGCCGCGCUCUCAUAAUACUUUCGCCUCUCGCCUCUUGAAGAAGGAACUACACAAUCGCACGCUCGGAUCACAUGUCUCUAUGACUUUUCUCUCUCACUCGGACAAAUAGGAUAUACGAUUCUAUGCACUGAAGAGGCAAACGACUAAUACCAAGCCCACAUAUCAAUCGGAUAUUCUGGGUUGAGUUCGGCUGGACCUGUCAAAGUCUCUGGCGAUAUGGGACUUCACUUGAGAAUUAACAUACCCGGUGUUCUGGGCGAAAGGGGCAUGACUGACAUUUGAACGAAUGCCGAUUUGGAUUCUCACAUUAUCAGGACAGACUACGAACAGCCAUGGCACUUGACACAACAUCAUCAUCAUCUUCAUCCUCCUCCUCCUCCUCUUCCCAUCCCUCCCUCUUCUCGUCCUCCUGCCGUCUCCUACUGCUCUACCUGCUGCUGCUCCCCCUCUGCCACGUGUCCCGAGCCCUCCAACCACCCCCACCAAACCAGUCUCCUGUGGGGACACCAGGGGUGUCGGGGUCGCACCACCCCCACCACCCCCACCACCCCCACAACCACAUCCCCUCCCUGGUGCCCCACACCCCUCUCCCCCUCUCUCGCUCCCGCUUCAGCUCUCAGACCCAGCUGGACUUCAGCACGCACUGCAACGCCAGCUGCUUCCACCGGGGGGAGACAGCGAGGCGUGUGGAGGAGCUCACCCAGCAGCUGGCCUUCGAGACGCUCUACGCCAACGGCUCUCGCACCCUGACCGCCGUCGACCUGGACGAGGCCGAGGAGGAUUACAACGACUACGAGGACGUGCUCGCGCUCCAGUCCACAAGAGAGCGUAGUAGUAGUGGUAGGAGUGGUCGUCCACUACGCCACAGGCGGCGCCGUAUGAAGCGGCAGAUCUACGGCGCCGACGGGCGCUUCAACAUCCGCGGCGAGCACUUCCUGUUGGACUACCCGUUCUCCACGGCGGUGCGGAUCUCCACGGGGUGCACGGGGGUGCUGGUGUCCCAGCGGCACGUGCUGACGGCCGCCCACUGCGUGCACGACGGGAAAGAUUACGUCAAGGGGGCGCGCAAGCUCCGCGUCGGCUUCCUCAUCCCGCCCUCGUCUGUGGGGAACGUCACCGGCGGCGCGCAACAGCUCCACAAGGACAACAGCAACAAUGUAAACAACCACAUCAGCAACAACAUCAAUGCCAACACCAAUAGCCGCAUCACCAACAUCAACACCAUCAACCAGAUCCCCCAGGGCUCCAGCUCCACCAGAACCGGCAAAACCUCCACCACCGUCACCGACUCUGGCAAGAAGCCCCUGGUGCGCUGGGUGCGAGUGAAACGCACCCGCGUGCCCAAAGGUUGGAUCCAGGGCCCCCAGGAGGUCAGCAUGGACUUCGACUACGCCCUGCUGGAGCUCCGGGGCUCCCACCGCCGGCCCUUCAUGCGCAUGGCCGUGGCACCGCAGGCCCGCGACCUGGCCGGCAAGCGCAUCCACUUCUCCGGCUUCGACAGCGACCGGCCCGGCGAGCUGGUGUACCGCUUCUGCCCCGUGGAGGACGAGUCCAACGACCUGAUCUACCAGCACUGCGACGCGCGGCCCGGCGCGAGCGGCUCGGGGGUGUACGGCCGCGUGUGGGACGGCGUCACCAAGCGCUGGGAGCGCAAGGUCAUCGGGAUCUUCUCGGGCCACCAGUGGCUGGAGAUCGACGGGGAGAACCGCGACUACAACGUGGCCGUCCGCUUCACGCCACUCAAGUUCGCCCAGAUCUGCUACUGGGUGCACGGCAACCAGGUGGACUGCGGCAGGGACUGAUGAUGAGGAGAGAUCACAAGUGUCAAUCCAGGGUUGAGAAAGUAAAAAAAACACUGCCACAACCAGCUCUGAAUCAGCGGAUAGUAAUGAGCAGAGCCCUAAAUCGACUUUUUUCAUCACCAGCCAAAAUGACUUGUAGAUGUUAAUCUCACUAGCCAAAUACACACUGACUAUUGGGUCAAAGUGGCGAGUAAGUUGGUCAUUUCUACCCUCCAUAUUGAAAUUUCACCAGCAUUUGGCCGGUUGGCUGGUGUUAAUUUAGAGCCCUGGUAAUGAGCACUCAAGACCUGUGGACCUGUGGCAAAGACUGAUGAUGAGAUGAAAUGAUCAGAAGUGUCCCUCAAGGUUUCAGAAAGUUAAGUCUGCGGGGGUGAUUCCAAGAAGCUGUUGCAGUAGUAAACCAGGUUAAGUUUCCCUUGAGGUAGUGAUAAACCAUCUAACAGAAGAGCUUCUAGUGCUCUAGUUUUAUUUGUAACUUAAUGACACCUGCAGGUGAUCUAUUAGUAGGUUUACCACCUUCCAUUGGUUAUCUUAGCCGGGUUGACCACUUCACCAUGUUCUUGGAACACCCCACCACAAAUGUGAUCCAGCUAGUUCUAAAUCUGCUGAUCAUAACGAGCACUGAGACCAGCAAAUCGCUAUGUUUGUGAUGGUGCAGAAACUGUGAAAUCUGCGCACUGAAAUAUUGCGAUGCAGUCAGAAAACAAGCAGGAGAGCCUCAGGGUGUUCACCUUUCCCCCUUGGUGCUCAUCGGUGUAGGGAUUCUCUAACUUGUGCAGGAUAGAGGAAAUUCGAGGCACUCAAGGUUGCAAUUUUUUACCUUUUAUUUGGUUGAAAUAUGUUUGUAAUAAGUACAAAAUUGUAGCAACAUAAAAAGUACAACUAUUGCAACCUUGAGUUUCUUGGAUUUCCUGUAUCCUGCAAAAAAUGACAAUGCAUUCUGGUUAUAAAUUUGUCAUGUGCACAUCGGUUUACUUGGUUUUGAUCGUUUCACUAACGAUCACCAUCACUAUGGCGGUGAAUCACUGAUGUUGCCUCUGUUGGAAGGCAGCUGUGGCGUGGUUUUUAACUUUCUAAACCCUGGAAUUGGCACUUAUGUGAGAGACUGAAGGCUGAAGACUGAAGACUCGAGAUCCUUGAGUAGAUUAAGUUGGGUUACUGGCCGGAGAAUGCAUUGACAAUGAGAGUGAACAACUGUAACGAACCACUCCCUUGAAGAGGAGAGAGAGGCUGAAACCCAAAAUGGUCAUUCUUUCGCAACACAUUGUACAGUCCUGUACAAUGAAACUAGAGAGACAACGCCAAACAACCCUGUCAACCACCUCCUGGUUGCCUGGAAAUAUUUACUGGUUCAGAACACAAUGUCAUCAUGACACGACACUAAGCAGAGAAAUAUGCAGUGAACUAAUGAACAUUUGGAACACCGCCUUAAAUGGGAUAAUGUCCACAGGACGGUCCGGGUAACAAAAUAGAUAAAUAAAGGAUACAAAAAAACAGAGACAGACAGGAAAACAACAUUGUGGAUACAAUAGAUGUAUGGAGGAUGUAUUCUAUCUCGACAAAGGACAAAACAAAAAGUGAACUUUUUUGGCCCCUAGGUAGUAAGAGGCUGAAUGUGAUUUACAGUUCCAUGUUUAGGGGGUGGGGAGGGGUUACCAAGAGGCCUGUCUUGGUGUAUCAGAACAAUUCAGGUGGGGCCCACAUCUUCAAAGGGGCUCACAGAAGAACCACCGCAUCAUCUGAUAUGGGUGGGGUUGGGUGGGAUGAUAGCGAACCGGAAUUAUUUUCUUUCAGGGGGGGGGUCUACAAUUUCUAAUGGCGACCGACCCCUUGUGGAUUGAUUGAUAACACAGGACAAAGGCGUUGCCGAUUUGUUAUUUGACACUUUCCCCUUUGGCCUCGAAAGCAGGUGAGGCUGAAUUGUGGCUUAGGGUGCAAGUCAAACUCGUUCCUUCCAUCCUUUCCUCUUCCUUGUGGCCUUGUGAUGGAAGGCUCAAUGCCAUUGACGAUCAAAGUUUUAUUCAAUAUCUCGCAAAAAGCACAAUUCAAAGCAUUAUCUUAUUUGCAAUCGGGAUGUUGAAUGGGGGAAAAGACCCCCAAAAGUUAGCCAGGCCAUGCGUUGCUUCUAGUCAGGCCAAGAGCAAUGCAAAUGUCAUUUCUGAUCUCCCGACAAAUUGGGAACUCCACCCACUUUGUCAGACACCAAUCAACCAGUAGCAAACCUGGGGAGGCCCAGGGGUCAAACAUGCCAUUUGGGAAACGUUAAUUGUUAUGCUCUUGGUCAGACCAAGUCUAGAAGAGAUUUGAAAGUCAAUGAUAAUCAGACUACCCAAAAGUGGCCUAGGUUGGCUUGGCAGCAUGGAUCUGUGUUCUCCAUGAGGGCAGGGCGACACACGCAACAGGAAAAGAUGGGAGGAACCGGUUUGACCUUUGCCCUUAGAGUGCCAGAGUAGUACGAGGGAAAAGCUGCUCUGGCUGAGCACCUCCCCACGAAAAUAUUUUUUGACAUUUUAAUUUAAUCCAAAUUGGAUAGGAGAAGUUGACUCCCUGUUUCCCUUGUAUUUUUCCUGAUUAGGAGAACCACUUUUAAUAAUUCUAUUGGUGCAAUUCCAUAAGAAACAAUAAUGUGUAAUAGUAUUGUGUACCUGCUUGGUCACAAACCUUUCUUCCAUUUUAAAACCUACCCUCAACGCAAUGUUAUGUUGUUCAGUAGUUGAUGUUUGUGAAGAGAAUUCAGAUAGCAAAGAAACUGUUUUGCUUACGAUUUUACUGACAUCCGAGUUUUUGAUCUACACACCUUCUGUGCCUUGUGAUUUUCUGCGUAUGUAUCUAAGUCAUGGGUCAUUUGUCAUCUCACACGUCAUAUCACACAGAUAAAGGUUCAUACUCAAUUGAAAGCAAAUGUUGAUGCAGAGAUAUGGAGAGGAGGCUGGCUGUGUAACAGGACAUGGUUUAUGGAGAAACUAAUGGUGAACAUAUAAAGUUAUUAUUUAAAAUGCUUCUAUUUUAAUUAAAGAUGUCUAUCUGAA